GUCCAUAUAUGGUCACUACAAAAAGUGAAUACUUCAAAAAUUGAACAAUUGUGUCACUGAGUAAAUUAUCAGCUUUAUUUCUAACCAGUGGUAGUACCUAAAUUACAAGCCAGAAACUUUAUAAAUUUGUGCGUUGGUAAAUCAUGCCGAACUAUAUGGCCAGAGUGGGUCCAGCGGUUUUCUCCAAACUGGGCAAGUGGGCCUACAACAUGUCCGGAUUCAAUCAGUACGGUCUGUAUCGCGACGACUGUCUGCAUGAGAACGAGGAUGUGGCAGAGGCAGUGCGUCGUCUGCCCCGAAAAAUGUACGAUGAGCGCAAUUACCGCAUCUUGAGGGCACUCCACCUGUCCAUGACCAAGACCAUUCUGCCCAAGGAGCAAUGGACCAAAUACGAGGAGGAUAUCAAGUAUCUGGAGCCCUAUCUGAAUGAAGUGGUGAAGGAGCGCGAAGAACGUGAGGAGUGGAACAAAACUCAUUGAUUUUUAAAGCUCAGUGAAGUUAUCAACCUGAAACUAAUAAUAAAAUAUUCAACUUAAAAAGGAGGUACUAAUAA